AAAGAAAGAAAAAAUGGGGCGGUUGCCGCGUCUGAAGCGCGGCAGGAACGCGGCGCCUCGUGUUCUUUCUCUCGUCUCUCCUCUCCCCGGCCGCGAAAGGAGAGCCCCCAGCGAACAAGAAGGACGAAGGAAGACGAGGGGCGUGUCCGGUCGCGCGGCUUCUACAAAGAGAUGCCCACUUCCCUGUCGACCCCUUCCACACUCCUCCACGGGGAUCCCUUCCACGUGGGCCCCGGGAGUCCUCCGUUCCCCACCAUAGGGCCCUAAGAAAAGCGGGCAGCAUGGUCCAGACCACGAGAUCCCCGGUUUCUAAAGUCAGUUUACGCAACGCUUCCGUACGCGAACCAUAUAACGCCAUUCAUCCUUCGCGAUCCUCUCCGCGACUCCUUUCCCCUCUAACGAACGAUGAUCUCUCCUCGUUUCCAAAUUUUCAACUUCCUUUAAGUUUUCUUUCUUUUUUUUCUCUCUCCUUUUUUUUACCAUUUUUCCGCACGAAAUGACGGAAUUCGUUUAAUCAAGGAGAGGAACGAACGAUAAUUCCUCUUCCUCCUCCUCGAGGGAGAGAGAGAGAAAGAGAGAGAGAGAGAAAAAAAACAGUAAUAGUGUUUUUAUUAUGCGUUGAAUCGUCAUAUAUAGAUAUAUAUAUAUACAUACAUACAUAUAUAUAUCGGAGAGAAGAGAGCGAGAGAAAGAGAGAGAGAGAGAGAGAGAAAGAGCGAGAGACGAGAAUUUCACGAGAAUGACCACUUACGCCAGCUUCCAGCAAUACGAGGUGUUGGAUUCGGAGGGUUACGGGUCGGCGAGUAGCCCGGAAUCGAAUCCGCGUAGCUGGGCCCAACAGGAGAUAUACCCUCAACCACCGAGAUCUAGGGGUAGCAGUUGCGGGAGCGUGAGCUCGGUCGAUUGUCAGAAUCGCGAGUACCAGGAGAUCGGCGCGACGAACGCCACUUUCCGCUUGGCCGCCACCCCCGCUUCCUUCAACCUCGAAACCGAGUUCUACGAGUCCCCUUACUAUCAACAACAAGCUUGCCGGAACGAGCAUCAUCAUCAUCGCCAUCAUCAUCAUCAUAAUAACAAUAAUAAUCAUCAUCAUCAUCACCACCAUCAUCAUCAUCAUCAUCAUCAUCGUGAUCACGAAAUCGGCCACUCCUCGAGCGGAUGCAACUCGAGGACGAUGAGGGAGAAGAACGAGUGCGCGAACGUUUACGACGGAUGUGUGACCGUGGCCCGUGCCGAUUUCUCCACCACCAGUCAGGAUGGUAAACAGAACGUGCCGUCAAAAAUAGAUCAGCAACAUCAUCAUCAUCAUCAGCGCAACACGGAUACUUUGGGGAACGACAGGUGCGAUUUCGUUGGGCAGAGCGAGGAGAGUUUCUUCGGUAUCCCGAAAGGUGAUGGUUUUUUGGCUAGGAAUAAUAGCGGGGAGAACUCUUAUGGGCAAAGAGGCGACAUUGUUUAUUUGGGUGGCACGUAUACCCAUGUGCAGAGGAACGAGGGCUACGUUGUCGAGCAGGGCGAGGGGGAGGGCGGGAAGCGCGACACGGCCAGGUACCAGGGGAAGAUCGAAUACACGUCCGGUGAAAAGACAAGGGAGAGCGUGCAUCACAACAGGAUGAAAAACGGGACGACGCCUGGUAUAGAGGUGUUGAGGAAGAGACGGCUGGCCGCGAACGCGCGGGAAAGAAGAAGGAUGAACAGUCUGAACGACGCGUUCGAUAGGCUGAGGGACGUGGUACCUAGUUUGGGCAACGACAGAAAGCUGAGCAAGUUCGAGACUCUGCAAAUGGCGCAGACUUAUAUCGCGGCGUUGUACGAGUUGCUGCAAAGAGAGUGAACUUGGAACAUUUCGCGAAAACGUGCGAUUAAUCGUCCAGCGAUCGCUUCUAUUCGAUAAAUUUGCUCGAUGAAACUUGCAAGUGGAUAAUUUACGUUGGACCGAUUGAAGAGGAACGAUGUCGCGACGCUUGAUCGACGUUGAAAGGUAAAUGACGAAACGUUGAAGGGAAAGAUUCGAAAAUCGACGAGAAUCGAUCUCGUUCCCACCCGAUAGUUUAAUUAGCGAUAAUUGGUGCGCGCAAACACGUCGCUAAUGCUUUUCCCUCCGCGCGGCCUUGUUGCCGGAUUCCAGGAUAUUUUUUCAUAGAUCGAAUCGCGAUUGCGAUGCGUUGAUACGCGAAACGAGCCUCGAUGUAGUUUCAGUGUUCUCCAAUCUUUUUCCAAUCCAGAUGCUCUCUUUUUCUGUGUAAAGCGAUGAAAAAUGAAAGAAAUCGAAAUUAAACAAAUAUCUCGCGAUCAACAGGUUGGGGAUCGCUGCUUUGAGCGAAUAUCGAAAACGUAUACGUGGCUAUCGUGUAUUUUAGUCGUAGGAUUCGUGUAAAUAUUUGAUUAGACGCAAUUAAGUUAUUGUGACGUUGUUUAGGUAAUUGUGUACAUAUAUAUAAAAAUGGGGGAUCUCUCGAUCACGAUGAUCGAUCCGUGCGACAGCGAAAAAAAAAGUAAAGCUAUUUUUUCUCUGAAACAACAAAUAGAAAAAUGUUUCUCGUCUUUGGCUCGAGAAAAAACAGCUUCACGAGAUACGCGACGAGCAUACUUUCUUUUCUUUUCUCUUCUUGGUGAGGAUGAUUUUGAUUUUAUCUCCGAUUAAAAGAAUCGAUCGAAUAAUUUUCGCGAAAGGAAAUUUACCGUGAUGAUAAAUAAUAACACGGGAAUCUCGUCGAUUAAACUUUUUGAGAUGAACCAAAGAAUUCGUUAACAGUUUAAGGAAAAAGACAGUGCGUCGCGAUUAUUUUUUCAAUCACAGUUACGAUCAUGUAUACUGCCGGUUUGAAUCGUACGAGAUGUUGAUAUAUUCUCUUUUAGAGGAUCGAUUCGAGAGGCGAAAACAAUCAACGAUCAUCCUUCGAAAACGGAUAUAUAUUCCCCACGAACAUGACACCCGAUAAUAAAGAAUAGAGCGGAAGACAAAAGCGAAAGAGGACAGGUUGUUUGGAUGGUUUUCUGCGAUGUUUCUCCCGCAAUUAGGGAUAUGCAAAAAUGGGAGGACAAAUGGCGGUGGUCGGCCACCUCCACUUAGCAGUCAAUCACAAUUAAAUACAAUUUUGCGCGAGCUUCGGCCCCUGGUAAUGGCGCAAAAAGAGAGCAAAUUGAAAUCUCCUAGCUGACAGAAUGAUAGAUGGUGGCGCGCAGACGCGAAAACACGGGGGACGGAGAAAAAGAGGGAUAGAGAUGGAACGGCGGAGAGUUACCUUCCCCGCAGAACGCCGCUGUGAGAAAGCUGGUGCUGCUGCUGUUGCUCCUGCCUUUGCUUCGAGCCGAACAACGGGUGAAAAUGCAAAAGUGUAAGACCAAUAUCUUCUCCUCUUGAAGAAAAUAUAUCGUUUAUAGAGAACAACUACAUACGUUACGCGUAUAUUCGAUCGAACGCUAUCCAGUUUUCCGUUAUUCCAUAAUUUAACAUGACUACGCAAAAUCCUUCUGAUUGCCAUUGUUGUGUUCUCUCUGACGACUGAAAUUGCGUUCUAAUACACUUUUGAAACUGGUCACUCGUUACUAUAUCACGUUUUAUCACUUAAUUCGAUGCUUUUUUAAACUUCUUGGUAAUAUCUAUCCAGGAUAUGAAAAAAAUAAUUGAUAACCACGCAACUGAUCGUAAUGAAAUGUCGUGCGUUAUCGCGCAUGCUCAAUUAAACUAGAUAGAAAUUAUCGUUCGUCCGAAAACGAUAGCGACGAUUAAUCGAGAUUCGAAUAAAAAGAAACCGACCUCUUGUGACCCGACACGAAUCUAUUUCCGCCUAACUUCUUCCGAUAGAAAGAUUCAAUCGAAGAGAAAAAAAGACGUUCGUGACGACGACGAGCGAAAGAAUGUCUUCGUUCCAAUAUAUAAUCGAAUACUACUAUCGAUUCUCGAUCGUCUAUCGAGAUUUUAUACGGACGAAUAACGAGAGAGGACACGCUUUGGAUCCAUUCGUGUAAUAGGUUAGGUGUUGAGUCGAUAGAGGUCGUGAUCGCGGCGGUAACGCAGGCAGUUUGUUAUUCACCGUGGAAAAAGUGGAUUCGCCACGCGUGGUUUUCUUCGUUUCGCGUGGAUAUAAGGUAAUAUAACGUGGAUUCUGGACAGAGACAUCGUGUCACCCGAGCGGAACGUGUUUCCAGAGAUGCUUCUUCAGAGUUUUGCAAUCGAUUCGUUUGCCGGUUUCUCUUAGAUUCUCGCUUCCUGCCGCGCUGAAAGAGUUUUCUUAACCUCUUCAAGGGGGGAUAAUGGCACGUAAUGCGCGCAAACAUGGAGUGUUGAUAUAUUUGUGGAUCCAUUUUAGAUUCUUAUUUGUUUGAUUUUUAUCUGAGUCAAUUUCGUUUAAUGCAAAAAAACAUUAAUCGGUUAUCAAUUUUUUAUCAAUGUAUUUAUCUUUAUAUUAAAAAUAUUAUAUAUAUUAAAAAUCCAAAGAUUUUUCACAAAUAUAUCAACAGCCUUUUUUCCUUCCUUCAAUCGUGACAUAGAAAAAGAUGAGUAUUAUCAUGAUAUAAAUUCUACAACUUUUUAUUGAUAUUUUAAAAUUACCGUGGGCGGUAAAUUAGAAGGACGAAAAUUCGAAAAAGAUCGGCUUUAUUUUUUUUUUUUUCAAAUUUAAACCUCGUUAUUCUCCAUUCGUUUCGUGGAUGAAAUGCGUAGUUGGUUUCUUCUCGCGUGCUCGUCUUAGACGAUAUUAUCAUAACUCGCUUCUAAUUUGCAGACUAGCGACCAGAGAAACGUAAAAGAGACAAAGGGGGAGGGGAGGGAGUCUCUUUCGAACGGCGCCCUUCAAAUUACGGUGUUUCUCGAAAGUAUUGGACUCGAGGAUUCGAGAAAUGAUCGAACUAUCGUCGUAUAAUAAACAUCGUUGUUUCUUUACCAGCGAGACGAGUGGUGAGAUUAUGCAAAUCGGAAAGAGGCGAAUUUUGUAAAGCGAUUUUUUUUUUUUUUUUUACGUUGUUUCGGGUCGAUAGCACUGCCAUCGAGAGUACCUUUGUAAAUAAAUUGUACGUUUUAUAUACAUUAAUACGACGUUAUGAUAAGAUUUAAUUUAAGAGGAGAUUCGAAAUAGGCAAAACAAAUUCCCACCAAUAAUGUUCCUCUAAAGAGACCAAAUGUAUUUAAGGAUGUGCAAUGUUGAAUAAAAAACACAUUGGAAGAUUC